AUGCCAUCCUCCUUCCUCAUUGUCGGCUCUGGUGUCUUUGGCCUUAGCACCGCCUGGGCAAUCACAAAGAGGCCACAAUUUGCGAAGACCUCCAUUACAAUCCUUGACGAUACUGCUAACGGUCAAUUCCCCCCGGAUGACUGCGCCAGUGUCGAUUCCUCGAGAAUCAUAAGGGCCGAUUACGCUGACCCUCACUACACCGCCUUUGCGUCUGAGGCUCAGAAGGAAUGGAGGAAGCAAGGCGAUGAUGAUCUAGGAGGCCAAGGGCGUUAUACCGAGUCAGGCUUUGUCCUGACGGCAUAUGAACCCAAGGAACUCAAAGUUGGAACAAAGUCUGGAAUGGAUUAUACCAAGGAGAGUUGGAAGAAUUGCGUCGAGGUUGCUGCCAGGGACGGGUAUCCGGCAGACAGGAUCAAGGUCUUGGAGAACACCAAGGCCUUGAAUGAGUGCUUGGGAACCGAUACAUACCCCGGUGACUGGGGUUAUCUAAAUACAUUGUCCGGAUGGGCGGAUGCUGGACGGGGGAUGAAAUGGCUGUAUGAGCGGGUCAAGGCGACUGGGCGGGUGAAUUUUGUCAAUGCCAAAGUCGACUACCUGGCGAACGAAGGCGAUAGGGUCAUUGGCGCAAAGUUGACGGACGGCAGACUUGUUACCGGUGACGUUGUUCUAGUUGCUGCCGGAGCGUGGACGGCAUCUCUUGUCGACUUGAGAGGACGAGUUGAGGCGACGGGCCAUGUGCUGGGAUAUAUUGACAUCAGUGACGAAGAACUUGCCCUGCUCUCCAAACAACCCGUUGCCCUGAACCUGUCAUCCGGACUGUUCAUCAUCCCACCACAAGAGAAUAUUCUAAAAGUCGCUCGGCACAGCUUUGGCUACUUGAACCCGGUCACGGUCCAUAAUGCCUUGCCUCUGUCCCCAUCAUCGGAGAGACCUUCUUUUGUUACCUCUAGACCGUCAACGAGCCGGGACGGUGGUCUUGGCCGUCUGCCAGACGAGGCAGAUGCGGAUCUGCGACGUGGCCUUGCCAAGCUCUCUCCAAUCAAGGGUCUUGAAACGAGACGCUGGAGAGAAACUAGGCUGUGCUGGUAUUCUGAUACCAAGGAUGGCGAUUGGCUGGUUGACUGGCAUCCUGGAUGGAAGGGCCUGUUUAUUGCUACGGGAGAUAGUGGUCAUGGGUACAAGUUUUUGCCGAUAUUAGGUGACAAAGUGCUGGACUGUAUGCAGGGCCAAGGCGGUGCGCUUGGCGAUAAAUGGAAAUGGAAGAAUAUCGACGACGAGACUGUUGGCAAGGAAACGAAUGGGAAAUUCAAGGGACUUGUCACGAUGGACGGAAGUCGUGGAGGAGAUCCUGGCAUGGUGUUGGAGGAGGAAUUGGGGAAGAAAUCCGCUGCCAAGGCGGCAAAGCUAUAG